GUUUUAGUGGAAAGUGUAUAACGGCGUUGUCUCAGGCUAUUCAUUCUCUUUCACAUUAAGAAAACCCUUUUCAUCUUUGUGUUCCUCUUCUCAGCCAGUUCCACUCCUUGUUGCCCACCCAGAUAGAGAUUCACACCAUGUCUGAAGACCCCCCUUCAACCCCCUGUUCGACAAACUGCGACCUGCCAAAACACGCACAUGACUCCAGGCCGGGCCACGAUCACUACAGACCUGAAAGAGGCAGAAAUUUAUGGACGUUCUUUUUGAUGGCUGCCCUCUUGCUCACCUGUCUGAGCGCGUUCCACUUCCGCUGGCGGCGGGCUAUCGUCUCGUCGCCCAUCGUGCUGCCUGAGGUGCCCUACGCUUUCGACCGCCACCGUGACCUCGAGCCCUUCGACGAGGCAACGCAAGCGCGCUGGGACGACCUCAUCAGCCGCAACUUAUGGUGGGACAUGAGAUGGAUCGACGGCCGUAACCCCGCCUCGGGGACGGUAGUCACCCGCGGGAUUGACAUGUUCCACAAGAUGCACUGCCUGAUAUCACUGCGUGCCGAGUUCACGGCGCUGGUUAUAGGUGACCCAGCGCGCCGCUCGACGUGGCGAGCUCAAGACGCUGAGGCUGGAGCAGAUUUGUUGCACCUGGGCCACUGCUUUGAUUUCUUGCGGCAGGGCAUUCUUUGUGCCGCUGACUCCACGCUGGAGGCCAUGGGGCCCGGCUUCACUGAGACGACCGGGGAAGGGGUAGUGCACCAGUGUCGGGACUGGAAGAAGCUUAUGGCUUACGCAGGCUUGCCAAACCCGUUUUAGUGUUGUUUUGCUGUGCUACUUGAGCAGCAACACAAUCUAGUCUUACUACGGGAGGCGAUGGCUUGCGUUCUAAUCUUCAAGCAUUCGUGAGGGUUUAUCUAGACUUAUCGAUGUUGCAGUUUGCGAAACACAUUUUCUUUCUCAUCUAUAGUACCUGUUCCUUAAGCUAACAGACUUACCA